AUGGAAAUGAUAAUGCUGAAGGAGGAGGAAAGGUCAGUAAGGCGCCGGAGAUGCAGAGUAGAUGGAGAUGGCUUGGAAGCAAGUCGGAUUAAGAGAAGGAGACGAGGGGAACCGGCUGCAGCUGCACUUGCGUGUGGCAUGCAAGAAAUAAAGCAGCCACAGCAGAAACUCGAUCACGCUUCUGCUCCUGUCACUGUGAAGAGGAGCUCGAGAUUUCGUGGUGUCAGCAGGCAUAGAUGGACCGGGCGAUUUGAAGCUCACUUGUGGGAUAAAUUUUCCUGGAAUGCUACACAGAAGAAGAAAGGCAAACAAGUUUACCUCGGAGCUUAUGAUGAGGAAGAAUCUGCAGCAAGAGCAUACGAUUUGGCUGCACUUAAGUAUUGGGGGACAUCGACUUUCACUAAUUUCCCGGUUUCUGAUUAUGCCAAGGAGAUUGAAAUCAUGCAGACUCUAACAAAAGAGGAGUACCUGGCCUCUCUAAGAAGAAAGAGCAGUGGCUUUUCAAGAGGCGUGUCGAAGUACAGAGGAGUUGCUAGGCACCAUCACAAUGGGAAAUGGGAAGCUAGGAUAGGAAGAGUUUUCGGAAAUAAAUAUCUCUAUCUUGGCACUUAUAACACCCAAGAGGAGGCUGCUCGUGCUUACGACAUUGCAGCGAUUGAAUACAGAGGACUUAAUGCUGUGACCAACUUCGACUUGAGUUCUUAUGUCAGAUGGUUGAAUCCAGGAGCAAACACUCCAACUGCAGUGAAAGAACAAGAAGCAAACAUAGAGUCUCAAGCAGCGACAUCAUUUAACUGCACUUCAAGAGAGGAAUCCCAAUUCCCUUUUCAUGCUAAUGCAUUUAGCAUGAGGGGCCUGAAUUCUCCUCGCAGGCAAGAGGUACUCGAAACAAAAUUUCCGGCUAGCUCGAGCACAAAACUGUCUUCUCCCAGUGCAGUUGGCCUCCUCCUGCAGUCUUCAAUAUAUCGAGAACUGGUACAGAAGAACUCCAGUUUCUCUGAAGCUGAAGAUGAUGGAGAAGAUGGUAAGCACCAACCUCAAAUAGAUGGAGACCAUGAGUAUGCAGGGAUCUUUCACGACGGCAUCCCGUAUGUUCUCUCUUUCGACACUAAAGGUUCCGAGCUCCAAGAAGAGUUCAACUUCACGUAUAAUCAUCAGGGUGAUCAUCCACUUGGAGCAGUUUCAUACACAUGGCUUCUAUCCGAUAACUAG